CCUUAAAGAAACGCUGCUGUCGCUCGCCUGCUCGCUUCUCGCUCGGCAUUGUGGCCAGCCAGCCGGGCACUCGGGGGGCACGCGCGGCUGCCGCUCGAGCUCUGCCCCCACCCCACCCGCCAGCAGAUCUGGGGUGGGGACCCAGGCGGCGGCUCCCGCAGCCACUGCCCGGCGCGGACCGCCAGGAGCGAUCCACUCCUGCCGGAGCCGAGGAAAGAGCCACGGAGCUGUCUGCAGCCGGCCGGCCUCCCCGCCCCUGAACACUCGCUUCCCGGCUGCCUUUGUGGCCGAAGCUUCUCGCCGCCGAGCCCAGGGCCAGCGGGGGCGCGGCGCGCACGGCCGAGAGAUGCCCAGCUCGCUGUUUGCAGACCUGGAGCGCAACGGCAGCGGCGGCGGAGGGGGCGGCGGCGGCGGAGGAGGAGGAGGCGGCGGAGAGACCCUGGAUGACCAAAGAGCCCUGCAGCUCGCACUCGACCAGCUCUCCCUGCUGGGGCUGGACAGUGACGAGGGCGCGUCUCUAUACGACAGCGAGCCGCGAAAGAAGAGCGUGAACAUGACCGAGUGCGUGCCGGUGCCCAGUUCCGAGCAUGUCGCCGAGAUCGUGGGGCGGCAAGGUUGUAAAAUCAAAGCGCUGCGGGCAAAGACCAACACUUAUAUCAAGACCCCGGUUCGCGGGGAGGAGCCUGUCUUUGUUGUGACUGGCAGGAAGGAGGAUGUGGCCAUGGCCCGGAGGGAGAUCAUCUCCGCCGCCGAGCACUUCUCCAUGAUCCGCGCCUCGCGCAAUAAGAACACGGCGCUGAACGGCGCAGUGCCCGGGCCGCCUAACCUGCCAGGGCAGACCACCAUCCAGGUGCGCGUGCCCUAUCGCGUGGUGGGGCUCGUGGUGGGGCCCAAGGGCGCCACGAUCAAGCGCAUCCAGCAGCAGACGCACACGUACAUCGUGACGCCCAGCCGCGACAAGGAGCCGGUGUUCGAGGUGACGGGCAUGCCGGAGAACGUGGACCGCGCCCGCGAGGAGAUCGAGGCCCACAUCGCCCUGCGCACCGGCGGCAUCAUUGAGCUCACCGACGAGAACGAUUUCCACGCCAACGGCACGGAUGUGGGCUUCGAUCUGCAUCAUGGGUCCGGCGGGUCCGGCCCAGGCAGCCUCUGGAGCAAGCCCACCCCCAGCAUCACGCCCACUCCGGGCCGCAAGCCCUUCUCCAGCUACCGCAACGACAGCUCCAGCUCGCUCGGCAGCGCCUCCACAGACUCUUACUUCGGCGCGGGCACCAGCGGCAGCGCAGCCACCACCCCGCGCCUGGCGGACUACAGCCCCCCAAGCCCCGCGCUCAGCUUUGCUCAUAACGGAAACAACAACAACAACGGCAAUGGAUACACCUACGCGGCGGCUGCGGCGGGGGAGGCUUCGGUGCCUUCCCCCGACGGCUGCCCCGAGCUACCGCCAGCCUUUGACCCGGCUCCCGCUCCACCGCCCGGGGCGCCCCUUCUCUGGGCCCAGUUCGAGCGGUCCCCGGGAGGCGGACCUGCAGCUCCCGCGUCCUCUUCCUGCUCCUCCUCCGCAUCUUCCUCCGCUGCUUCGUCCUCCUCGGUGGUCUUUCCCGGGGGCGGAGCCAGCGCGCCCUCCAGCGCCAACCUGGGGCUGCCGGUGCAGCGCCGGCUGCACCCAGGCGCCAGCUGCCCGCGUCUGUCCCCUCCCUUGCACAUGGCCCCGGGGGCGGGCGAGCACCACCUGGCUCGUCGUGUGCGCAGCGACCCUGGCGGAGGGGGCCUGGCCUACGCCGCCUAUGCCAAUGGGCUGGGGGCGCAGCUGCCGGCGGGCCUUCAGCCUUCGUCAUCGGACGCGUCCGGCUCCUCGUCCUCGUCCAGCUCGUCCUCCAGCUCGUCCUCUUCCUCCUCCUCCUCCUCCGGGUUGCGGCGUAAGGGCAGCCGAGAUUGCUCCGUGUGCUUUGAGAGCGAAGUCAUCGCCGCACUGGUGCCCUGCGGCCACAACCUCUUCUGCAUGGAGUGCGCUAACCGCAUCUGCGAGAAGAGCGAGCCCGAGUGCCCGGUCUGCCACACCGCGGUCACUCAGGCCAUCCGCAUCUUUUCGUGAAGGCAUCGCGCGCUUGCGCGCACCGCAGGGCGAAGGAGGACCCCCUGCCCCCCUUUCCUUCUGUCCUCAAUCCCUGGCGACGCCUCUCUGCCUAACUCGAGGUGUCCCACCUUCUCCCCGCCCUCCUGCUCACACUCUGAGAUCCGAAGAGGAACUUGGAAAGCUGUAGUAUCCGCUCAUUUUUUUUUUUUUUAAUUUUAAUUUUUAAACAAAAGAACUUGCCAGGAUAUCAGCAUCCGAGUACUGUAGCCUGGGAAACCUCCAAACCACCUGAAAUGCAUGCUCUAUAAAUAAUAGGAACGGCGACAUUCUAGUAAUGAUAGUUUUUACACUGUACUUAAUAGGAAGCUUCCAAAAGAAGAAAACCCCACAAGUUUUCCAUUUUCUUAAAAGUAGGGAAAAAAAUGAACAAUAAUUAUUAUGAUGAAGAGGAUAAUAAUAGUGCUAUGGGAUGUGUGUGGACUGUUUCUGUGUGUUCCCCUUUGUGGCUGGGUUCCUACCAUUCUUAUUAUAGAACACAGUGGAUCCUUUUUGAAUGUUCAUAGAAGGGCCAGGAGUUCCUGUAAUACCAGGAUACUGCAGCUUUAUUAAAGAAACUGUAACAUAUCUCUUAUAUAUUAAAAAAAACGUUUAAAAGUUUUAAAGAGAAAUUGCAUUAAUACAGAUUGAAGUAUUUUAUUCUUUUUUGACUUGAAAAAUUAUAUUUCAUAUUGCAAAGAUGUUUACAAGUAUUUUAAUUUAAGUUCAGUGAACUUUUUUGUAGCUGGGUUAAAUCUUUUUAUUUUAGUAUGGCCUUAUGGCAAAGAACACUGUAUUAUUUUUUAAUAAUCACACAAUUGUGACAAAAUUACAAACCAUAAAAUGUGUAAUGUUUUGAACAGUAUUCUGUUGGGAUGGAGAUUUUAUAGGUUCAGACAAAUCUUCUAGAACUGCUUCACCCAGCAUAUUUUCUAUUCAGUGAUAUAAAGCAUAUUUUAUUCUAUAUUAUUACAAAAAAACAGAAAUGUAUAAACAUGUCAAAAGGAACUGUUGAUGCUUUCUAACAUUUGUAUAAAUAGAAUUCAGUGCAAGUUACAAAAAUUCUGUUGCACCACUAUAGUUUUAGUAUUUCUAUUUUAAUACAUUUGUUUACCACUUGUUUAUGUAUAUGUAGGUGAUGUUACUUGAGCUUAAAUGUACUUUACUGAGCAAAGUUUAAAAAAACAAAGUAUAUUUUAUUUUAUGAUAAAGGGCCUUUAACCUCAUGGUCAAAUACUAAUAUUAUAUUUGCUGAGACAAGAUUUGAAAUUGUAUCAAGAGUUUUAUUUUUCUGACAUUUAAAGUUCUACAUAAUAAAGGUAAAACUUAAGUAAUGGUGCUACUUC